UACCGAGUAUAUUAGGCAACAUGUCCUUGGCAUGCGAUAAUAAUGGCCAAAGCCAAGCGUCCCCUUAUACAGGCGUCCUACCUUCAAUGGGACCACCUGGGAUGCCACCUCAUUUUCCUCCAAUGGGGAUGCCACCCAUGGGUCAGAGACCUCCAAACAUGACCCCAAUGCCUCCUGGCAUGAUGCCACCAAUGAUGCCUCCUAUGGGAGGACCAAUGGGACAGAUGCCAGGCAUGAUGCCGCCAAUGAUGCCAGGAAUGAUGAUGCCGCCUCACAUGCCAGCUGCUGCACUGCAACCUACAGGACCGCCUGGUGUAAGCAUUUCAGAUGCUACCUUAGUUUCAUCAGUGCCUGGAACUUUGGCCACAAAUCCUGCAGUUUCUGCAGUUCAACAAGGCACCACGGCCAGCAGCUCUCCACAAGACGACCAACCAAAGAAAUCUUUGUGGACUGAGCACAAGUCUCCUGAUGGAAGGACGUACUUUUACAAUACAGAAACUAAACAGUCCUCUUGGGAAAAGCCAGAUGAACUUAAAUCACCUGCUGAGCAAAUGUUGUCAAAGUGUCCUUGGAAAGAAUUCAAGUCGGAUACGGGAAAGCCUUAUUAUUAUAACUCUCAAACAAAGGAGUCUCGCUGGACAAAACCUAAAGAGCUGGAGGAUCUUGAAGUUAUGAUCAAGGCUGAAGAAAAUGGGGCUUCAGAUGUUUCAGCAGCUUCGGUACCUACUUCAGUACCUGUUCCAGACAUCACUCAUGCAUCUGCUGUAGAGGCUGAGGCCACAGUCCCUGUUGUCGGUGAAGAACAACCAGUCCAAACUCCUGUCCAGGCACAAGAGGAACCCACAGAAGCCUCUUUGAAUUCAGUCGAGGAGGCUACUAAUCAAGAGGUUCCAGUGAAUUUUUUUGCCAGUGAUGCUGUUAAAAAGGAAGAGAGGCCGGAACUGGUCAAGAAAGUAUACAAGUGGAACACUAAAGAAGAAGCCAAACAAGCAUUCAAAGAACUGUUAAAAGAAAAGGGUGUUUCAUCCAAUGCCUCUUGGGAACAAGCUAUGAAAAUGAUUAUCAAUGACCCUAGAUAUAGUGCAUUGCCUAAGCUGAGUGAGAAGAAACAAGCCUUCAAUGCUUACAAGGUACAGACUGAAAAAGAAGAAAAGGAAGAAGCUAGAAUUAAAUACAAGGAGGCCAAAGAAACCUAUCAGAGAUAUCUGGAAAAUCAUGAGAAAAUGACAUCAACUACAAGAUACAAGAAAGCUGAACAGAUGUUUGGAGAGAUGGAGGUAUGGACAGCAGUUCCUGAACGUGAUAGAUUAGAAAUCUAUGAAGAUGUCUUGUUUUACCUUGCAAAAAAAGAAAAGGAACAAGCCAAACAGUUGAGAAAAAGAAAUUGGGAAGCCCUGAAGAACAUUUUGGACAAUAUGGCUAAUGUAACGUACAGGACAACCUGGUCAGAGGCACAGCAGUAUCUUCUGGACAACCCUACAUUUGCAGAGGAUGAAGAAUUGCAGAAUAUGGAUAAGGAGGAUGCAUUAAUCUGCUUUGAAGAACAUAUAAGAGCCUUGGAGAAGGAAGAGGAGGAGGAAAAACAAAAAUCUUUACUAAGGGAACGAAGGAGGCAUCGUAAAAACAGAGAGUCGUUUCAAAAAUUCUUGGAUGAGCUACAUGAUCACGGACAACUACAUUCAAUGUCUGCGUGGAUGGAAAUGUAUCCUACUGUUAGCUCCAACAUAAGAUUUGCCAACAUGCUGGGACAACCUGUUUUUGGUGUGUAUUCUGUAGGUUCAACACCUCUGGAUCUUUUUAAGUUUUACGUUGAAGAUUUGAAGGCCCGAUAUCAUGAUGAAAAAAGAAUCAUUAAAGACAUCCUUAAGGACAAAGGGUUUACAGUUGAAGUCAAUACUACUUUUGAAGACUUUGGGACUGUUAUCAGCUCUGAUAAAAGAGCCACAACUUUGGAUGCUGGAAACAUCAAACUUGCCUUCAACAGUUUGUUGGAGAAAGCAGAAGCUCGAGAGCGGGAAAGAGAAAAAGAAGAAACACGAAAGAUGAAGAGGAAGGAAGCUGCCUUUAAAAGCAUGCUAAAACAGGCUGCUCCCCCACUCGAACAUGAUUCAGCAUGGGAUAGUGUUCGAGAGAGAUUCCUGAAAGAAUCUGCCUUUGAAGACAUUACAUUAGAAUCUGAAAGAAAAAGGAUAUUCAAGGACUUCGUACAUGUUCUAGAGCAUGAGUGUCAGCAUCAUCAUUCAAAGAACAAGAAGCACUCCAAAAAGUCAAAAAAGCACCACAGAAAGCGAUCCCGUUCUCGUUCGGGCUCUGAUUCAGAGGAGGACGACUACCAUUCCAAGAAAAAGAAACGAUCGCCAUCCAGAUCUGGAUCUGAGCGUUCUUCUAGUGCAGAAACAGAGCACAGUUAUAAGAAAUCUAAAAAACACAAGAAAAAGGGCAAGAAGAGGAGACACAAGUCGGCAUCCCCAGAAUCCGAUGCUGACAAAGACAGAAAAGGGCGGGAUCGUGACAGAGACCGGGAGCGUGAGAAGGACAGGGAGAGGGAGAGGGAGAAGGAGAAGGAGAGUGAGAAAUCCAGAGGCAAAUCCCGGACUGAAUCUAAGCAAAAAUCUCCAAAAAGAAAAAGGGAGAAGGAAGAAGGUGGAUGGGACACAUCAGGCAGUGAGUUGAGUGAAGGAGAACUAGAAAAACGAAGGAGAACUCUUCUGGAACAACUGGAUGCACCAUAACUUGAUAUAGCAUUUUGAAUUCCUUGUAUUUUUAUUAUUUGGAUUAAGAUUGUGCCAUCAAACUUGAUAGUUUCUCCAAAAAAUUGAAUUUGAUAAAUAAUGCAUACACCUAAUGCAAAUAAGUUGUAACAUUCCUUUACAGGGGGAGAUUUGUGUUUUUAAAAUGUCUGGGGCUUUCUUUGUCUUGUUGAGUUUAUUAAUAAUAAACUUUGAACUAUGUCAGCAGUCAAUAUUAUUUUCAGUUAAAACUGUUGAAUUUGAAACUUUUGUACAUUUUUAAUCCAAUAUUAAAUCUGAUUUCCCAAGGAAUUGAUCAAAUAUUAAGUUUUGACACUGAAAGAUGCAUACAAUUGAAGCAGUUUCCCUUCUGUAUACCAGUAUGUUUGUAUAGUUUCCUGCAAAUUGCACUAAAGGUUAAUUUCAGAACCACUUAUAGAAUUUGCUACACGUUUAUAAAAACAUUACCUUACCAGUAGUUGUCAAAAUCCUUGUACUGUACUUCAGAGUAGGAUAUUUAAUUGAUCUGUGAGUUUAAUGCAAUGAGUAAACUGCAAUUAAACUUC